UGGAAACCCCAGACGCAAUGGCCACAGAUCCUGGAGAACCCACGGGUACGGAUGAGUCCUCUGAAAAACCGGAUGGACACAAGAAGACCCACUCCGAACAGGACGGCAGGGCUGAUCAACAGGUGGAGAAAACAUGUAGCACCCACUCUGACCUUAGCUGUUCUUGGUCUCAGAAGGGGAGAGGAACAGGAGAGGACGAUGGAGGGAUUGGAGGAGACGUAGGUGGAGGGGGUGAAGGUGGAGGAGGAGAAAAGCAAGCUUCCCAGGAUUAUGAGGAAUCCCCUGUCUUUUCCACCACACCAUCUUUAUCAUUUGAGACUGGACAGAAGCCUCUGAGGCGGGAAAAGCGCUUCUUCAGGAAAAGUGUGGACAUUUGUGAGGAGGAGGAUGAUGGAGUGGAGAUCCCUACUGUGGCUCCUCACAGUGCCCCCCACCUAGAGCUGCACUCCAAAGAUUCAGGCUUUGGCAAUGCUCAACAGAAAGGGGUUGUAGCCUCCUUUGCAGCCUUGGGACAUGAUGUAUGUCAAGGCAACGAGUCUGGUAAAUAUGCUCCUUCAAGUGCACCGACCCAGAAUGUGAAGGAGAAGGACUGUGAGCAGGAGGAGGAGGCGGAGAUGAAAGCUGUAGCCACCUCUCCCGGUGGAAGAUUUCUCAAAUUUGACAUUGAACUGGGCAGAGGAGCCUUCAAGACGGUUUAUAAAGGCCUAGAUACAGAGACGUGGGUGGAGGUGGCUUGGUGUGAACUUCAGGAUCGCAAGCUGACCAAAGCUGAACAGCAGCGCUUUAAGGAGGAGGCUGAGAUGCUGAAGGGGCUUCAACACCCAAACAUCGUCCGCUUUUAUGACUCCUGGGAGUCUGCUCUUCGAGGAAAGAAAUGCAUCGUACUUGUAACUGAGCUCAUGACAUCGGGAACACUGAAGACCUAUCUAAAGCGCUUUAAAGUGAUGAAACCCAAGGUCUUAAGAAGUUGGUGCAGGCAAAUUCUGAAGGGCCUUCACUUCCUUCACACCAGGACUCCACCAAUUAUCCAUCGAGAUCUGAAGUGUGACAACAUCUUCAUCACAGGCCCCACAGGAUCAGUCAAGAUAGGAGACCUGGGACUUGCUACUCUAAUGAGGACCUCCUUUGCCAAGAGUGUUAUAGGAACACCAGAGUUCAUGGCUCCAGAGAUGUAUGAGGAGCAUUAUGACGAGUCUGUGGAUGUGUAUGCCUUUGGGAUGUGCAUGCUGGAGAUGGCAACUUCAGAAUACCCUUACUCAGAGUGCCAAAACGCAGCACAGAUUUAUCGCAAAGUUACAAGUGGUAUUAAGCCAGCCAGCUUUGAUAAAGUAAACGACCCCGAAAUUAAAGAGAUCAUUGAAGGCUGCAUUCGCCAGAAUAAAAGUCAGAGACUCUCCAUACGAGACCUCCUAAACCACGCGUUCUUCGGGGAAGACACUGGUGUGCGGGUGGAGCUUGCAGAGGAGGACACGGGCAUCCAGGACUGCCUUGCUCUACGGAUUUGGGUCGAAGACCCCAAAAAGCUAAAAGGGAAGCACAAGGACAAUGAGGCCAUUGAGUUCAGCUAUGACCUGGAAAACGAUAGUGCUGAGGAAGUGGCUCUGGAAAUGGUCAAGUCAGGCUUCUUCCAUGAGAGUGAUGCCAAGGUGGUGGGGAAAUCCAUCCGGGACAGAGUCAACCUAAUUAAAAAGUCAAGGGAGAGGCGCCAGCAACAACUUCUUCAACAGCAAGUCUUUGAGAGACCAAAAAACUCUACUCUCCCCUCGUGUCCUUUUUCUCAUCCUUCUUGCCCGUCUUCGCUGCACGUACCAUCUGGGCAUGGAGGAGGUGGAGAGCAAGGGCCUGGAGGAAUAGUGCAGGAGUCUGAAGAGCUUCCUGAGGUUGACCAGCACGUACAGCAGCAAAGUGUGCUCAGUGGAACCACCCUGAGUCUGCCAGACGAAUGCAUUGGGCGUGGCAGCUGUGAAUCUUCUACAAGUGGACAGAGCCAGGCAUACUCUCUGCAAGGGGAACCAUAUUCUCUUUCUCAAGUUUCUCUCCCAUCAAUGACAUCUAGCAAUGGUGCAUCAUCUAAUUCUCAAGUGCUGCUCUCUGGUGAGAGUGGAAGUGCUCCAAAUAUACUUCUUGGGCAGAGUGUUGGUAUGUCUGCCAUGCCCAUUGGCCAAAGUGGAGGGGGAGCCAUCGGUCAGAUCUUUCUUCAGCCCACCAACUUGGUUUCACAGUCACAAACAUUUGAAUCAGAUGCAUUUAAGAUGGCUGCCACUCAGUCAUACAUCCCCCCAGUGUCCCCACAAGCACCCAUUAAUGCUCUCACCACAUCCAUGCCGGUCAGUGAUCCAACUGGAGUGGCGGGGACCAUUGUGCCCCAAGCGCAGCAUACCAACCCCGCCGCCACUCCCUUGCCAAUCCCUGACAUCAUCCCUCAUGCAGCUCCCCAGCAAACACAGCCUGUCAUGAUCCUGGAGCAGGCUGUUGUCCCGAAUCAAGCCAUUGGGAUUAAUCCACAGACCUCCACAUUUCAACAACAGCCAAAACAGCAACUAGAGGCCAAACAGCAAGAACUUAAUGCUAGUCAGUUGCCACCAGAAGGACAUCAGCAGGGUAUUUUAACCUCAGCUGUUCAGAAACAUCACUAUGAGUCUCUGCAGCAGAUCUGUGUACCACAUCCUGUUCAGCAAGUCCAUCCAGCUUCUCAACAGGUCCCAAUGCAAACAAACGCAGAACCUCAAGCUAUGUCAGUCCAGCCAGAAGAGUCAACUCAAACAUACAAACAGCUACAAGCAGUCGAUCCGUGUAACCAAACGAUGAUCCAAUCCCAGCAGCUGCAACAACAGCUUCAGCAGCAGCAAGUUCUGUUGCAGCAGCAGCAACAGCUCGUGCAGCAGCAGCAUGCCCUCCUCCUCGAGCAGCACCAGUUAUAUUUCAAGCAAGGGCUAGACCAGCAGCAACAAAAGGAACUCCUCCAACAACAGCAGCAGGUCCAACUACAACAGCAGAAAGCAAUGCAACACAAAAAACUGAUGGAGCAACUGCAACAAGGUGUGGUUCCUCAAGAGCAGCAGUCACCAUUACAGCCUCAGCUGGAUCACCAAAACAGACAAGAUGUCACCUUACAGCAACAUCAGCAAAGUCAAUUUUACCAACUAACCGAGCAACAAAAAGGAGGAGGAAACAAUGAAGCAAAUAUGUUGCUAAAUAGUGAACACUUGCAACAAAAAGUUGCUUGUCAACAGCAAAACGAGCAGGUCCAGCAGCAGAUGUUAAUGCAACAGUUGGAGCAGCAGCACCAACAAACACUAAUGCAGCAACAUUUGCAACAUCAGCUGAUUUUGCAGCAGCAGCAGUUGCAGACUCAAGAGCAGCAACAGCUCCAAGAAAAGAUAGAGCAGCAAGCUCUUUUGCAGCAACAGUUAGAACAACAGCAACAGGCAGAGAUAUUACAGCAGCACGCUCUCCUGAAGCAACCUGUUCAAGAGCAGCAGAAACAAGCUGCUCUGCUCCAGCUCCAGCAAACGGAAAUUCCAGCGGACAACAUCGCCGUGCAUAUUCAUCAGCAGCAAGCUGAGGUGCAACAGAUGUGUGUCCCGCAAUUAAAAACGGAUCAAUUAGCGCAUCAUUCCACUCCGCACCACAUGCAAGAGCAACAGCAGGCGGUUGCACAGCAUCAGCAACAACUCUCAGUGAUGGACCCUUGCCCUCCGUUCAGUGUUGGUGCUGAGGUAGCUCAGCAUCAAAGUCACAAAAUAUCUCAAAUCCAAGUCCCCAUGACAGUUCAGAGUACACAGAAAACUGUCCCGGCAUCUCCUGCAGUCGUCACACAGCAGGGACAAAGUGAGUUUCACCUCCAGAGGCAAGACCAGGCCUCUCUCCAAUUUUUAGCCCAGUCAGCACCCCAAACAUCUCAACCUGUGGCUGAGGGUUAUGUGUUUCCCCCACCUGUGAUGAUCCAAGGACAAGUGCCAAUCAGUCACACCCAGCAGGUUCCUUUGCAAACCACCUACACUGGACCUGCAGCCAUCACACAGAGCCAGAUAUCUGCCCCGCCGUCAAUCUACACUCAACCUCUUCUUGCACCCUUUUCUCAGUCCCAACAGGACCAAAUAGCAAAUCUUGGUAAACAAAUGAUGGGUCAACAAAACCAGCCUCCAGUUGCUCUUUCUUCUGAAAUUAGCAUUCAGCAAAAUGUUCAAACACCAGAGCUCAUCCACCUGCCUCAGUCCUCCCACCAAACCACACCAUCACAGAACAUGACUCACAUCGCUCAACAGCAGGAGCAUCAUCGACUGGUCCUACAGUAUCAGCAGAUGAUGGAUUCACACGUCUCUGUUGGAAGUGCUGGAACUGUAACAGACGCCCUCUCAUCGGUACUUGACUCUAAAGCCCUUAAUGCCCCUCUUCAUCCUGUGCAAGCUAGACAGUUUGGAGCAUCAGGCCAAACAACACUAUUUCCUGCUCAGCACCAGUCCCCAGGAUGCACUGUUGACCCUUUGCUAAUUCAGCCAGUUUUCCAUUCAUUGUUACCUCAAUCAAAUGACCCAAAUCAGCAACAUUUAAAUAAACCUCCUCAAGUGCAGCAGCCUUCAACUUUACAGAUCCCACAGAGCCAGCUGCCCACACAGCUCAGCCCAUCGCCCAUCCAGCAGCCUCCUCUAAUGCAGACCCCACUAGUUAGCCCCAUUAAUUUGGUUGAGCCCCAGUCACAGAGCAGGGCUCUGCCUCUCUGCAGCCAACUAGCCCCAGGUGCUCCUGCAUCUCCACAGCAUGAAGCAAAACAAAUCUUUCCAGUUCACACCUCCAGUCAAGCUCAACAACACCCUCAAACACAUUCACACAAUCAGGCCCAAACAGACAAAACAAAUCCUGAACUGCUUGUUCUGUCUCAUACUUUCUGUCCUGCUCAACCUGUCAGCCCUUCAUGUUCCUCAACAUCCCUGACAUCCCUCCCACCCCAACAAUCUGCUGCUGCCUCUGCUGCUGAGCUUUCCACCUUUCUGCCAGCAGCCUUGUUAACCUUACCAGGGCAGUCUGACAUUACACUCACCUCCCCACCUGUCACUACACAUCACUCGCUUGAGUCUAAUGCCUCUAAACAGCUCCAACCCUCGCUGCAAGAUUGUGACCUUUCCUUACUGGGGAUAUCUCAGGAUGGUCCAAAUGUGACAAAUGCAGAACAUCAUUAUUCAACAGGCUCUGUUCCAGCUAGUGGCGAGGACCCUGCUCAGUUUUUGGCAAAUGGGAAAUUGGAUAAAUCCAAGGGUCAAAGGAGAGCUUCCUGUAUGAAACCAGAGAAAAGUUCACAACAGUUUCAAAUGAGCAUGCUACAGGUAUCUGGGAGUGGAGACAAUAUGGUCGAAUGUCAGCUGGAAACUCAUAGCAACAAAAUGGUGACAUUCAAAUUUGACAUCGAAGGCGAUGCACCUGAGGACAUAGCGGAUUAUAUGGUGGAGGAGGACUUUGUCUUGGAUGUUGAGAAGGAGAAGUUUGUCGAAGAGCUCAGAUCAAUUGUCAAGAAAGCACAAGAAAUUCUUCUGACACAUUCCCAGACUGGAUCAACUGGCCAGAUACAUGUGAAUACUCCCACAGGCUCAAUGGACUCAGUGCCCUAUUCUUCCCCAGUGGGGCGAUGGCGUUUCUUUAUUAACCAGACUAUUCGACACAGAGACUCUCUUUCCAAUCAAGGGGCAGUCACACCACCUCCCACUGCAGAGUCAAAACAUCUUCAAGGGAAUACAGCUGUGGAAAGUGAAGCGUCCCAGAUUUUGGAGUCCUUGACUGGAAUGACUUCCCCUCCCAGCAGCUCCCCGUCUUCCACCUUGACCCCAGCUCCCACUGUCUCAGUCAAUGCCUCAAUAACUCCAACAGCCCCAGUCACCACUGCCCCUCAAACCACUGCUGCUGAAACCAGCUGUGGCCCAGCCUCUGUUUCUCACAUUGCAUUAAGUGGUCUCGAACUUCAGGUGCCCACUUCUGAUUGUGCUGAGCAAAACCCCUCUGCUUCUUCAACCAGUUCAACAUCUGUUGCUGCUAACAUCCCCAUCGUGGUCCCUGCAACUUUCCCAUCUCCCUCACCCACAGUCGUUCUUCCAAAUAAUGUCACCCUUCCUGUUAUGACUGUUUCCUCCACCAUAGCUUCAAGUGUGGGAGAUGCAGUAUUCGCUGCACUAAAGCCAUGCACACCAACAGUGUCUCAAUGUCAAGCUGCUUUUUAUUCACCACCUUCUGCUACAAUUGCCGCUUCUGCAUUAAGCCCGCAUGGCGUAGAACUACAAUCGACUGUCGCUGCGUCAACCACACAGCAGUCACACCUGCAGCCUGCACCAGCUCUGCAACUGCAACUGCAGACGCUGCAAUUUGAACAGACACAGCAGCCACCAACACAACAACUAAUCCCACAUCAUCAAGCCUACCCAGAUCAGCAGCAAGAAAGAGCUCUGCAACAAUCUGUCCUGCAGGUCCUUACUCAAUCCAGUCAUACAGAAGUAUUGCAGCCAUCUGCAACACCACAACUACAGCACACAAUAGCACAAAAUAUUAGCUCAGUACCACAUCAGCAGACUUCAAAGCAAACCCCAGUUCCUGCUGAGCUAGAACAGCAUGUGCAGUCCGAGAAAAAUCUGCAGCACUCUGAGCAACAGCACACAAUGGUUAAAGGCAUGGACACCCAGCACAAGCAGCUGCAGUUUUCGCAGCAAAAGCAGUCAUCUUUACAGAUGUCAGAGUCAGAAGUGUCCACAGGCGAGACCAGCAUCACAGAGGACACAGGCAGCUAUUCUGCCCGUUUUCCUGCUUCAUCUGAUUCCUCCCUACCGCCUCAACAGGCAUGCUCGACUGAAGGUCUUCUAUCCAAUCUGUCCUACAAAAUGACGCCAUCCCCUGCUCAGCCCUCUUCUGUGGCUGAGUCAGACAGUGAAGGCCCUCCCAAAAUCGAAUUUGUUGACAACAGCAUGAAGACUUUGGAUGAAAAGCUGAGGAACGUUUUGUAUCAAGAGUACAACAGCGGGGUGGCGUUGGCUGGAACCGCCUCUUUUCUCGCAUCAACUGCCUCCACAUCAGCUGGUGGUGACGAGUCAUCUGAGCCCCAGUCAAUCCACCACUUAUCUUUUGCCCCACCUGCCUCUUCCUCAGAUACUUCCCCCCAUUCCUCGUGCUCUACCACAUCCUCCCCUACCUCCCGUUCUUCUUCCACUUCUCCUGAUCCUGAGAGAUGUGGACGGGCAGGAGAACCUUCUUCAGAAGUGCCCAACCCUGUGGAGCAGCAGCCCGGGCCAUCCCUUCCCUCGGCCUCUGCCUCAUCUGCCCUUCCUACUUUUCCACUGUCUCUCAGCCAUGAAGGUCCUGCUGGCUCCCUGCAGUCACCUGUACCAGGAACCCCAACUGUUCUUGCUGUACCCUCACAUUCUGAAACCAGUGCCACUGGAGACGCGUCUUCGUCCCCCAAUCAGCAAGCCAUCUCCUGUCGGCAUGGACAGCAGCAGCACAAUGCAGGAGGUGGAUAUUUUGGCCUAAACCUGACAUGUCCUAGUAUCAGAAAUCCCGUUAGCAAGAAAUCCUGGACUCGAAAAUUCAAAAACUGGGCAUGUAAACUGCGCCACUCCACCAGCUUGUUCAAGAAGCCCAGGGUUCUUCAAGAUGAACAUUCAAGCAGUCAGGUACUUGAUGAUGAGAAAAAGGCUCUCCCACCAGAUCUGCCUCAGACUUGCAAAGGGCGGUUUCAGGUGACUUUGGUGCCACAGAGCCCACCCCCAAAAGAGGUGGUAUCAGAGCGGGUUACUACUCACAGGAAAGUGGGACGAUUCUCGGUGACCCAGACUGAGACCAAAAGAGAAGACAGGCAGACUGACAGUUCACCCGUGUCUCCUGAUUUGGAAAGAGAGCGAAGGAAAUGCCGGGUGAAGGAAGGAGACAGAGAAGAGAGUAAGAGAGCCCCAUCUAUAGCCCACCUGUCUCGGGUUCUUGGGCACAGCCACUCACAGCUCAGCAGCAGUGAUGAUGAUGUUGAGAGCGAACUGGAGAAUGAAGAGCUGAGAAAGGAACUCCACAAGCUCAGAGAGAAGCACAUUAGAGAAGUGGUUUCCCUUCAGGCCCAACAGAACAGAGAGCUUCAGGAGCUGUACAGAAAACUUCGAUCUCUAAAAGACCAAAGACAGAGUCUGCCAGCCUCCCUGUCCCGAACACCUCCUCUUUCCACACUUCCCACCGUUCUAUCUCAACGCAGACCCAAGUCAACCAAAACCAAGCCGCGGCCCCGCCCUCAUUCUCUGAUGGAUAAUAAUGGACUUCCACAUUCUGGGUUUCAACAUUCAAGUGGUUUUUCAGGCAGUGCAGAGGGAAGACUGUCCCCUCUCUGCAAACCAGAACACUGCACUUCACUUUCCGUUAAAAGAGAUCAGAGUCCUUCAAAGAAAAGCACAUUCACAGACGAACUGCACAAGCUCGUGGAUAACUGGACGAAGGAGUCGGUGGGCACUGCUCCACCCAAACCGUCUCUGAAUCAAAUCAAGCAGAGUCAGCAGGAGCAGGGAGGCUGGAAUCAGUCAUCAGAGGGGGCUCCACCAGGUUGGUUUCCUACGGGACUGCUUAAUCCUCCAGCAGGACUGAAAGCGGGAGACUCCUCUCAUUACCCAGCUGGAGAUAACCUGCCCUCCCCAGGAGCUGCGCCCCUUCAAAUGCACAUGGCUCCAGCUCAACAUGUGCAGCAAAGCAUACACCACCAUCAAUCUCUUCAACAAAUGACUUAUCAGCACUCCCCCAUACACCAGCAAAUGCUGCAGCCCCAGAUGCAAACUCAAAUCCACACACUGGCACAGACACCAACAGCUGCCCAGCGUCCCUUCUCACCUCAUUAUAGUCAACCUUUGCUGCCUUCCCAGACGCCCACGUCACCUGGGUCCACAACCACAUCUCUGCUGCCCGGCAGCGGUACCACAGUACCCAAUGAUAGCACCGCUACGACAGCAGGGCCCUUCUGUUCCUGUUCCCCGUCGUCUUCUACCUGUUCUCCAACUUGCUCAAUUGCUGCUCUACCUUCCAGUGCCAAAAUUCAACAAACGAACCCCACCUCUACUCUUCCUCUGUGACAGACAAACACAAGAUCAACUUUAAGGUCUUAGGAGAGGAAUGCCCUUCGCUUAAAUAUACAAAACAGGCCAUUUAUUUAGUGCCAGAUGUUUGUGUGAAUGACAUGAGACUAUGUAAAAGACAGGAAGCAGAUGUACAUACAGUGAUAUUUAUGAAACACAGUUGCUGGGGUUUGUGAAUGAAAACGUUUGGAUGUCUUGACGUCUUAAAUAUGUGUGUGUUCAUGGUGUGUUUGAGUGUUUUUGUACAAUGUUUAAAUACAUAUCACUUUUUUUCAUUCAAAUUUCCCAAACCAGACAAAGAUAAAAUAUUUUAAUGUCGGCCUUUUUGUUUUAAUUAGUCAAUUUUAGCAAAGAAAGGACGGAGUUUUUAAAGUGCAAUUAGUAAAGGUGAUAUAAACUGAUCAGCACACGUUGAUUUGUCUGUAAGGCAUACACUUUUUUGUACAGGCACAAUAUCCAAAGGGGAUAGCAAUUUUUUCAUGCUAUUUGAAAAAAAGCAUGUUUACAGGAAAGGAUGCUUCAACCUGAGGACAUCUGUUUCCACAGCAGUGUUGUGUAUGAUGCAGCAAGUGCUUUGUAUUGUUUUGUGUUUGUAACAGAAAUAAUCAGAAAAGUUCCUCUUGUGACCGCAACGUGGAACAUGCUGUGUGUGUUGAGUUGGUAUAAAACUACUCUCAGCCUUAGACUGCAUGGCCUUAUGACUAAAUUUACUGGCUGAGGAAAAAAAUACUUGCACUUGCUGUAUAUUCACGACUUUCACAGUGACCACACAGCAGCCGGCAGAGAUAAUCAAUCAUGGUUCAAUUUGCUUUCAGUAUUAUGUAUUCAUUGGCUUUGGGGUGUAGGGAAAGCCUGUUGAAGCUAAGACAGUCCUCAUUUGACCCAAAGCAGAAAGAAGCAUAUUUAAAAAGUAUGACUGGACCGUAUGCUUUUACACGUGGAUAUUUCCUUUCUGUCUGAGCUCAGCAAAACAUUUUUUUAAGCCAAGUUACUGACUGAGGAGACCAUCCCUGUUGCCUUUUCAGUUGACAGCAUUGUUUGCAAGUGUGAGUGUAUAGUUUUAUGUGAUAGUCUCAUGGUGUAUUGAACUUUGAAUUGAAAAAAGGAUUUCUUUUAUUCAAAGCAGCCUCUCAGAUGUCACUGUAUACAGGCGGAAAUGUUUACUCUUGCUAUGCUCUCAAAUUUCUCCUUUAAGAGACAAACACGGAGAUUUUAGAUCUUACUGUUUGUAAGUUUGAUGUUUAGCACUGCUGUGAGAUCCUCACACACCUACCUAGCUAGUAGCUUUUUUUUUUUUUUGCAUUCCUUCUUUUCCUGUGAAAUUUGUAGUGUUUGACCAUCAGCCUUUUUACUGAGAGUGUGGGCCAUAUCUGUGCUGGAAACACAUCUCUAACAUUUUCACUCUUUAGUUCUAAAUACAUUUGUAGACAAACAACAGAAGGUCAAAUUUCAGCAACAGAUCUUAGUACAAUUCAGUUGUUGGCUUACAAGCUAAUUUAGCCAUACAUUUUCUUGACCAUUAAUGGUUGAGCUGCAAUUCUUUUUUGUAAUUAAUAACUUGUAGUCAAAGCAGCAUUUCUGUUUGAUUAGUUGUUAAAGCAUUUUUUUGGCACAGAAAACAAGAGAAAACAAACAUAAACUUGCGUUUUUUUUUUCUUAAAUAAACCUAAAUUACGAAUUAAAUUUUUCUGUACUUUUUUCUGAAAAUGUUCACAGAAUAUAGUUCAUGACUAGUGCAGGUAAAAUAUCAACCUGUCAUGUCUGACUCUAACAUUUACCCAAUAAGCUACACUGUAAUUGUCAAGCUUAUAAAGCUAACUUUGUCAUUGAAGUGUUACCAAAAUGUUAUCUAAAAGAUGACACUUAUUUUUGUAUUUUGGAAUGACGUUGUACAGAUUGUAAAAUUCUGUUCCCAUCACUUUAUUUCAAAGGUUAUUUAAAAUUUGAAAACACUGGUCUUCAUCUGUGUUUACAUAGGACUCCCUGUCUUUAUAUACCUCUAAGACUACUGGCAGAAAAGGUUUUUAUAGUUAUUUCCUGAUCAUUUUGCCCCCUUUUUUUACACCCUUUACAAUGAUGUUAUAAGAAAUUAUAUAAGAGAAUGUCACCAGCAUUCCUGCUGCACUAACACUAUACUGAAAUUAAAACAACAGUAAUCUGGGGAGUCCUAAAAUGGCAUUGCACAUUGGUAACCAUUCAUAAACGUAUAUAUGAGAAUGAAGAGAAGAAAGAAAUUAAAGUAUGUUGCUGAUGAUUUAGCCUAUGUAAAUUGUAUUUUUUUUUUUUGUAACUAAUCAAAAUAAAUGCUUUGACUUGGCAAAUGGG